AUGAACGUGACUAAGAAAAACUUCGAUGAGAUUGCUGACGAGAUCGAACGGUUGCUGCCGUCCGCGGAAUUUGUCGCCAUCGACGAAGAAAUGACAGGGAUUUCUUUGCCUGGUUGUGAGGAGCAGGUGGCUGACCUGCCUGCAGCACGAUAUGGAAAAAUGAGGAAGGUGGCAACCAACUACAACAUCAUCCAAUUUGGCGUAGCUCUUUUCACCAAGGACACGGACAAAAAGUAUAUCGUUCACGUGUUCAAUUUCUACGCCUUUCCCGAGAAGGGUUUUGUCAACAUGGAGGCUGGGUCAGUUCACUUCAACUCCCGUAACGGCAUGGAUUGGAACAAGUGGAUUUUGGGAGGGAUCCCAUAUGUGGACAAAGAAUCCGCAGAGAAAUUGAGACAAUCCAUUUUUCCUGCCCCGGAGACUGUACAACCGCAGCCGCAGCAGACAGGAAAGCAACGCAUCGUUUUAUCCAAUCCGCAGGACAUUGAGACGACAACGAAAGCUGUGGAGAGUUUGAAGGGUUGGUUGCUAGACGAAGGGCGGAAGGAGGAAAAGGAGCUUGAACUUUUGACCACCAAUUCAUAUUUGCGGCGGUUUUUGUACGAACACUUGCGCGAAAGUAUGCCAGAUCUGGUCCUUGAGAGCAGGCCCACCAAAGCACGUGGAUUGUCCACAAUGGUCGCGCUUAGACUCACCAACACUGAGAAACUUGAGCGGGAAGCUAAGCUUCAGAAGGAGAAGGAAACAGAAUUUCGAUCGAAACUUGGAUUGAGGCGAAUUUUUCUGGCUCUGGCAGCAGCGAGAAAAACGCUGGUGGGCCAUGCCUUGCUGUUUGACUUACUUUUUGCAUUCUCACACUUUGAGGGCCUGCCUGAGAGCUACGAAGAAUUCAAAGAGCUCUCACGUCAGUUUUUCCCUUCAUUUUUUGACACCCAGGUCUUGGCAAAGAGCCACCUAUUCAGGAUGAAGCCGCAAAAUGUCGACAGAGGUCAGGAAGAGCAAACCGAGCAAACAAAAACAGCCCGGUUUUCGAGUCUUGCCCUCGGCCAAGUGUACAAAGUACUCAAACAAGAGGCUGAAGAGGCUCUCAGUUGUGGCCAAGCAAUUGUCAAAUUCAAUUUGGCCGAAGGCCAUGAAAGGUACGACAACUCAGCUAGCUUCCAUGAAGCUGGCUAUGAUGCCUUCAUCACCGGCUGCGUUUUUGCAUACAUGUGUGAUGCAGUGGGAAGACGCCCAGACGAGUUCAACGGCCAUCUUAUGAUGUUUCGUGGCCUGUACAACUUCAACUUGCUGGGAGAUGACGAGUUGCUGACCAAAGGAACAUAUUUGCACAUCAAGGGGCUGAAAGGUCGCGGGGUGCAGGAUCUUCAAGACUCGCUUCAAGUGGUUCUGAAAGAUGUUGCAAAGAAGCACCAGAACUGCGAACAGCUGCCCACCGACUAUGAAAUCAAAUGGGUCGAUGAUGAUAGCGCAUUUGCAAUCUUUUCAGAGAAAGCACGUGAACUGGUCGACAUGGUGUGCGCAGAGACAGAGGUCACUGGUGCAAAUGGCCUGAACUUUACGCUCGGAGAGCACUGGUUACAAUGUGCCAACAUGCCAGGGAACAGCCAAUGUGGCAGGGCAGUGGUCAAUGCCAUGACCCAUGAUUUCGUCUUGCAUCCUGACCAGUUUAUUGGCCUGUCCAUCAAGUCCAGUUACACCGAGUUUCAGGCAUACUUCCACAACUCAGGAAAGAUGCACAACUGUCCUCGUCCGUGUCUUGAGAUGGAGCAGGCGUGUGUUCCAUGGACACCCAACUUUCCAGGAAUUAAUUCAGUCCAUGAUAUUCGUUAUCAGAUGGCCCAGCACCCAAACUGGUGGCCAGAGUUGUCUUCCAAAUCAAGCGACAAGGACAUCGUCAAGGCUCUCUAUACGCGAGGCACAAAAGGCGUUCCUCGGGUCUGCGAGGACGAUGAGGCGCCAGGACAUCACAUCGAUUAUGACGAGGCAGCCUCGGAGCAGACGGAGUCAGAUAUCAAAGCUGUCCAGGAGCUGCUGGACAGGCAGAAGUCACAUGGCACCGAAGUCUUGGAUGGUUCGAAUGAAGGUGGAGCUGGCGAUGAUGGGUGGGCCGCUGACGGCGAUAGCAGUGCAGAGGAUGGUGCCUGGUCGGACCGGUCAGAGGAUGAGGCUUCACCAGCAGAGGAGAAGGAAGUAUCUUCUGGAGAGGGGCCAGAGGAAUCAAAGGAGGCCUCCGAAGAAGAAACACCUGUGGAAACCAAGGAGACAUCAGCAGAGGAAAGCGCUGAGGAUGCUGAAGAAGCCAAGGAAGCAUCCAGCGAACAGAAACCCAAAGAGACAGAGGACGGCGAAUCAUUUGAGGAUGGUGCUGGCGACCAGGGGUUGCAGUGGCCUAGCCACCAAGAACACCAUGUUUACAGCGAAAGCAGUGAAAGCAGUGAAAGCCAGAGCUCCUCAGAAAGCCACGGCUUCGAUGGGAGCGAUGACUUCGAUGGGAGCGAUGCCGAAAAUUUGGACGGAGAUGAUGCACAGGAUUACGGCAGCGAGGAAGCGUCGGAAAUGCCGUGCUUUCAGAGAGGCCGCAGCUUUUCCAUGUUAGACGUGCCGGAGCAUGUUCCCCUGACCGUCCCAGAUCGCGAUGCUUGUCAGGCCCAGUGUUCGCAGUCCAGUGCUGCGCACUUCCUGUUCUAUGAGCCGACUAAGUUAUGUCACUGCCCUCCCGAGGGAGCUGUUCCUAUGGAGGUGGGCUCGGAGUUCGUCAGUGGGGAUGUGAAUUGCUUCGACGGUGUUGUGGGUAAGUCGGAUGCAAAAGUGCCACGGCUCAACAGCAUUGGCUUGAAUGUCACUCCUGGGCUAAUGGCCUUGAUCGGCUGCAGCAUGCUUGCAGCAGUCGGGCUGCCCAACCCUAGGUACAGAGAUAGCCGUCAGCGAACAUGUGCAUACAUUAUGUCAUUAUGCAUACAUUUGCUGGAGUUCUCGGGUUGUGCGCACCUUCCUCGAGAGGCUGACCCUGCCAGGAGGGUAACACACAAACACCCUGCCUGCCUGUUGCCUUGGUGCGCUCAUGAUUCUCUCCUUUUGGGUGCCACCAAAAAGCGAGCUGCAAAAUUCAAUUGGCUUGGCUUGAUUAAAAGGUAA